GCGAUGUGUAGAUGGAAACGAGAAUUCAUAAUGACGAAAGAUUAAAAAUGGCAGCGUGCACAAAACUCUGCAAUACAACAUUGCGAUUCCUGUGUAUUGUUGGAAAAUAAACUUGGGAUCUGAUUUUUGGAUAAUCAUGCCUAGAAAGAAGAAGAAAUACAACGCCCGAUUUCCACCAGCAAGGAUAAAGAAGAUAAUGCAGCUGGACGAAGAUGUUGGCAAAGUGGCUGCAGCUGUACCGGUCGUCAUUUCCAAGGCGCUGGAGAUCUUUGUAGAAUCUCUUCUGACAAAGUCGCUGCAACAGACUCAAGCCAGAAGUGCUAAGACGAUGUCAACAUCUCAUAUAAAACAAUGCAUCGAGAGUGAGGGCACAUUUGAUUUUCUGAAGGACCUUGUGGAGAAUGUACCAGACAUGCCAUGUGAGGAGGAAGAUGGUCCUCAACCACCCACUGUGCAUCCAACUGAGCGAAAACACAGGCAGCAUAAUAAACCAAGGAGGAAACGCAGCAAGGAUGAAGGGGCCGGUCCAAGCAAUAGCCAACUGAAGCAGUCAUCAGAAGAACAGUCCACAUCAGAGGAUGACUCUGAUACUGAGGAGGAUGAAGGAACAUACAAUAGCGACGGCAACAACAUGCAAGACCCUCUGGCCUCUGCUGUAGCAACUGCUGAGAUACCAAGUCCGGCCUGUGUGCCAGGAAUGCAUCCAGCCCAGUCGACCUCACCGCCUACAUUGCCUAUGCCACCAAUACCAGUCUUCCAGCCACCAACCGCAGCUAUGGGUACCGUCCACAUGGGCAUGGGCAUGUACCAGGCACCCAAGAACAACAGCACAGAUGAUGAUGAGAAUUAUGAUACAUAACAAAUGAUCCUACUGGUUUUUUGUGUUUUUUUCUACACUGGUAUGUUCUUGAGAUAUCCCUCUCUCCGAUGGACCAUUCAAAUGGAAGUUUGGAGUGAUUAACAGUUCGUAGACCAUUGGUUGAUCUAAUGUCAUUGCAAUAUGCGGAUUCAGUGCUUUGUGAUGGUAUUAUCCAGUGGUAAUAUACAGCUAAGACAAACAUAGUGUUUUGUGGAAACUAUUUAGAUAGACUAUUAUCAUCUUGAAACAAGUCAAAAUGAGGGGGUCAGCCACUGGGUGUCUUUGCUUGAAAUCACAUGAUCCGCAAUGCUACUGUGCAAUACCAUGGUGAGUGAAAGCCCACACUCCUGUUGACUUAUCGAUCAACGUCAUUGGUAAAGGUUUUUGUAUGACGAAUGCUGUGGAGUGCACAUAUGGUGUAAUCACUGUAUUGCUGUUGAUUCAUCUGAACAGAUGAGGUUAAAGCUGUAUCCAAAUUUGGCGUCUACAGCUACUGCUACAGCUGUUGCUAAGGACGUCCGAUACAUCAACACAUGACGCGAAAAUCUAGCUGUAGCCCUAGCUGUAGUCGCCAAUUUGGACACUGCCUAAGGGUCUGUUAUCUACUCAUUCAUGCAUUCAGAGAUUGAGCAGUGCUCCAGUUUUGAUUGGCGAGUCUGUUUGAGCAUGGUGCCAACGGAAGUAGGGAUUUAAUUUAGUUCUGUAGUUAUCUUUUUAGCAUUUAAAUUUCUGUAUAUAAAGCGUUCGAGCCAGGUUUUGUAUUUGGUACUUGGCAAAUAUGCAUAACAUGGCAUUUUGCAUGUUGACAAAAACUUUCUUUGGUAAAAGAUUUUUAUGUGCAGAAGAAUCAACGUGAUUUUGCAGAACGAUGACAUGAAAUAUUGCAAAAGACUUUGAUCAUAGUUUCUCUACCAUCUUGGUUUGUUUUCUUCCUUCAAACCAGUGAAACUAAACUAUGGCUGGAAGGGAAAACAAAUGGUCUGACCCUUUUUAUAAAUUAAGAAUUAAGGCUGUCAAUGUGUCAUUGUCGUUGUGUAUACCAGUACAGGGAAUCUCACAGAGAUGACUGCAGCAUGAUACAGUUCAUUCAUUGUUUUAGUUCUUAAAAAAGUUUCUGCCUAGCAUUUAUAAAAAGGGGUCAACGUCUACUCUGAAAAAAAAGUUACACAAGUUGGUUCUGCACACAUUGUUUAUAUAAUUACAAGAUGUGCGGAAACAUGGCCGUAUUAUAAAUGGUCUGUCAAAAACAAAAGACCACUGAUAUUAGUGAGAAACAAGGUAACAAACCAUUGUCUUUACAAGUGUCACAAUUGUCAAAAGUAAAACAUCACUUUAGAAGUUGGAACUUCAUUUUACUUUGACACUUUUUCAGAUCAUUUAAGAAGGAAUUACCAUGUUCUUUCCUGAGGAAUAUUUAACAGUUAUAAACAUAAUAUAGCGUUCAUUUCAGAGUUCAAAACGGAAAAAUGUAUACUUUUAAAUUAUAGUGUGUCGCAUCUGACUGCUACUCGUUCAUUAAUUAUUAUUAAGAAUAGAUAAUAUGUAAGUGGUUCAUUUUAAACCACAAGGUUCAUUUUAAAUUACAAAACUACAACAUCACCUAAAUGUAUUGUACUGGAUUGGUUGGGCUUAACAAUCAUAGACAGUGUUUUUAUCUGGAAAUCUGUGAUUAUAUGAAAUGACGAACAUUUCGGAUUAAUCUAUAAUGUGAGUCAGGAGAAAAUAGUGAAAACCAGGCACAGUUUUCAGCAUGUAAACACACUCCUCAAAUUUGUUUGUAACAACCGAAAUCCGCUGUUUCAGUUUUUAAGGUACAAUUUUCUCAAAUUAUGGUUUUAGAUGAAUCUCCUAAUUGGUAUGCUGUCAGACUGAAAUUAAACACGGAUGUUUGAAGCCUAAUAUCUAACCUGUAUAAUGCUCAAAAGAAAACAUAUUACUUUACGAGAAAUUCAAGGCUGGGGUCGACUGGUGAGGCCAUGACCACUUUCUUGUAAGAACAAAUCUACCCUCUUGUUGCGCUUAACUCUUUCCCCUGUUUAUAAAACUUGCUUAGUGACUAAUUUUACUUCAAAAUGGGGUUGGAAAUAUUCUAUAGGCCUACGUGGUGAUAUGACAAGUAUUGUAUGUAUCGAUUGUUCUUUGUGAGGACACGUUUGAAUGUACAAAUUAUAGUUUCAGAGAAAAACAAUGAAAUACACUGA